AUGUUCAGCUUGGGAUCUCAACAAACUGUGGAGCUGGGACUCAGCACUUGUUACGACCCCAUUGCCUCUGAGAAGUACUUUGGGCAGCGGCCCUGGCUGGUUUGGACGAGACUGGUGGAGGUUGUCAGCUCGGGGGUGGGUUUUGUUGCCUGGAGUGGAUUGACUGCUGUGUCACACAGCUGGGCCGAGAGGGGGAAGGCGCUCCGUAACUUGUUCACCAGCCUUGGGCCGACUUUUGUCAAACUUGGGCAGACGUUGGCCACCAGGCCAGACCUAGUUGGAGAAGACGUCAGUGAAGAAUUGACAAAGCUGCAGACAUCGAGCCCCCCCUUCGAUGACGAGACAGCCAAGCGCGUGCUGGAAGCGGAACUGGGCAUGGCGAUCGACGAAGUUUUCUCUCACCUGGAUGGCAGACCAGUGGCUGCAGCAUCACUUGGCCAGGUGUACUUUGGUGUCAUUGCCGAGGAUGGCACGCAGGUGGCAGUGAAGGUCCAGAGGCCAAACCUGCUCGAGAGCAUAACACUGGACAUCUACAUUUUGCGCUUCCUGCUCAGCGUGGUCCGCAGCGCUGCAGGCAUAAACACAGACCUGCGCCUGCUGGUGGACGAGGUUGCAGAAGGCCUGUGCGGGGAACUGGACUACCGAAGGGAGGCAGCCCAAGCGAGGGAGUUUUCUGCCGCUCACCGCCACCUGGGUUUUGUCACAACACCUGAGGUGGUGCAUAGGCUGACGACCAAGAGGGUCCUCACCACCAAGUGGGUACAUGGAUUCAGCCCGACGGAGCUGCUCAGGGUGGCAAAUAGCAACUCCACUUCUGCGGAUGAUCUGCAGGCAGCGGCAAUGGCAAAGCGGGCGGUGCUGAACCUUGUGGACAUGGGAAUCGAGUGUUCGCUGUGCCAGCUGCUGGACACGGGUGUGAUGCAUGCUGACCCCCACCCAGGAAAUAUCAUGCUGUCGGCGGGCGAUGGCAGUUUGGUGUACCUAGAUUUCGGCCUGUUGGCGUAUGUUCCUCCGAAAACAUCUGAGGCGAUGAUGAGCCUUUUGGUGCACCUCGUCCUUCGCGACUGGCGGAGCUUUGCCACUGACUUGGAUGCCAUGGACCUGCUGAAGCCAACCACAGACAGGGAAGCCCUUGCCUAUGACCUUGGAGAGGAGUUCUCCAACACCAUGAGCGCCAGCCGAGCAAGCUUCGACUUCUGA